AUGUCGCAAGGAUACGGCACGGUCGUGGUCGGAGUGCUGCUGCUGUUGGCGCUCGUCUGUCAGGGUACGGUCGGGGAGCCCGAUCCUGGACCGGCGGGUGCCGGGGCAGCACCGACCAAGCUGGACGACUACGUGCUCAACACCCAGUCCGAGUGCUACAAGUCGAAACGGUUGCUAUCCUGCUUCAAGUAUCGCUUCUCGCGCUACCUUUGGUCGUUCGCGACCGGGCGCAUGAAUUGGUUCGCCGCCGAAAACCAAGCCGUUGAAAACACGGGCGGAUUGAAGCUGGUGCGGUUAAACGAACCGAAGGAGGACGAUGUGUUCCCGGAGGCGCGACAAAUCAGCCCGUAUGAUAGCGAGCUGAUACGUGGCGCUAAGUUCCUGCAGCGAUCCCUCAAUACCUUCAUCGCCAGCCAUGGCGUGCAGGUGGGCAUGGGUGCGGAGAGCGGAGCCCGCUUUCUGGCGGACGAAGAUUUUGAGGCACGCGGCAAGAAGCAGAAACAGCGCAAGUGGAGCCUUAUCCUACCGCUGGCCGUCAUGCUGAAGCUGGUGCACUUGAAGCUGCUGCUCAAACCGAUACUGCUCGGCGUGGGGCUGAUUCAGGUGCUGCUGAUCGCUGGCGGGCUGCUGAUAUUCCACUUCUUCCGCAAUACGAAUAUCUGCAAGAUUCAACCGCACGUCAUUCACGCCCAUUCGCACAUCUCGAGCGAAUCGAGUCCCGAACUUUCCUAUGCCGCGUAUGGAGCGUACCCGUCCUAUUCGGCCUCGCCGUACAAUGCGUACAGCAAGGAUUGGGCCAGCAACAGGGCGUACAGCGGCUACAGCUUCCUCGAUGCCAUUGAUAGCCAUAAAAUCUAG